AUGAUUGCUUCAUACGACUCGCUCCAGUCAAUGUCACGCUCGAUCACCCGUUCAAAGCAUGCGGACCAGAUAGCACUGUUACGCAUGGGCUCAUCAUCUACACAGCCGAUUGCAUUAUUCUUUAAUAGCAAUUUGACCACUUCCAAGUUCCCUCUCUCUGCACCGGCGGCCGGCGCGCUCCGGAAGUACAUUUACAUCAUCAACCUCGAUCAUGAAGUCCUCACCAUGAACCACAGCAUACACUGGAAGCUGGGGAAUAUCCCACGCCAGGAUGAACAAUGGCUUCGUGCCAUUGCAGACAGUAUCUAUCUGAACAAGCUCACCAUCUCACUCGACGUUUGCCCGGAAGAGUAUAUAGCCUCGCCGGCUUUGGAGUUUCCCGAGCGAAAUUGGGAGCUCGAAUAUGACUUCCGCCUCGUUGCCCCGAGGACAGACAUCGCGGAGGCGCCGAAGGCGUUUCUCACACACGUUCUAGCCGGUACUCUUAUUCAAUACAAGGAAGAGAUCAUUAGGUUUGGGAUGGAGUGGAGCCCGGACUCCUUUCCCUUUCGCGAGUUGACUUUUGCUCUCGUCUCAAUUGCGUCCGGCCAGGCCAAAUUCCAUUCUUUCCCCGCUCAGCCGUGUAACCCUCGAACUUGCCAAUCAUGGGACUGCAAGUCGAACCACUUACCUAGAUCACCUGGAUGGCUUGACGAACUCUUCAGCUCCCUGUCCAAUCGACCGGGCGAGCCUCCAGUGGCGUCGCCCAUGGAGACGAUAUACUGGCUCGAGGACGUGCUUAUCAGUCUUGCACUGGUGAUUGACGGUGAGUCCAUCACGAAGGCCGUUACCUGGGGUGUCGAGCAGGGACGCACCAAAUUUCAGAUCGUCAUCUUAUCCCACUUUGAAGUCGCCUUUGCAGAAGUCUCAUUUGAUGCUGAGUUCCCCGGGCUCGCGGCGCUUGUCAACUUCUUCGAAGUCGCCGCGAGCCGCCGCGCAGCAUCAAAAUCGAAAGGAAUUCUCCCGCCGGUGGUGUACGACAGGAUUUUGGACUUUGCCGAUUAUGAUACGUGGAAGUCCUGCUUGCGGGUGUCGACUGUGGUUCGUUCCCGCUGCCUCCGCAGGUACAGGCUUGAUGAUCGGGUGAGAAUUGUGGCAGGCCCUUUCGUGAGGCUGCAAAAGUAUCACAAAGAGCGUCUGAUGUCCUUCGACUUUGAAAACAUGCAAACAGGCAAGAUCCUUCCGAUGAUGCACGUUCCGCAUUGUAUUUGGACAGAAGAGUGUAACUGGAUGCCGGUCAUCGGCAGCGACCGGAAAGCGCUCAUGUUGGACAUGGCCAUCCAGUUUGAGCCGGCGGGGGCUGUGCCUGCGGAAGUUGACAGCGAUGAUGAAUGUGCAUGA